AUGUCUGCACACAAGCCCAGCCGAGAGGGUCCCGACAGCAGCUCCUGUCACGCUUUAGUCGGCUCCCCCCCCCAAACCUACCGCCCGACAGGUCCUGGAAGGCCGACUUUUGCGUUCGACAACAGCCUGAAACCAAUCUCCUGUCCUUGUCCAAAUGCUGUCCAGUUGUCCGGGCUCCACAGAAACUUUCGUCGACACUCUUCGAGUCGAUCCGAACAGCCAUACACCAAUUCGUACUUUCAGCCUGUUCUGAUCUGA